AUGUCUGAAAGUUUAGUUGAAGAAUUUACGAGUCAAUCAAAUGAUUUGUUGGACGACUUAAAGAGAUAUUGUACCAAUAAUUAUAGUUGUAAGUUGGGCGCUAAGGAUUCGGUUCGACAUAUUGCGAAACAGUUUACAGAGGUCAUUAAUUUGGCUGUUGAGAAAAUAAAAAAAAGUUGCAUGACUAAUAUUCUGGAGCAGACUCUCACUAAACUGGCUAGAAAAGAUGAUAUCUUGGAGAUUUCUAAAAUACAAGAGGAUAAAUAUGAUGAUAAACUUGAAAGCUUUAAAGAUCAAAUAGAGAAAAUAUUCACUGAAAACCUGGGUAAAUUGAAUUGUUCUCCUGUUCCUAGUUACAGUGAUGUGGUGAAGAGAGCUACUAAAGAUAACAAACCUACCCUGAAACCUAGAAAAAAUAAACAUACUUUACUUAUCUAUAACAACAAUAACAAAGAUAGUUCAGAGAAAACAAAAGAAAUUCUGUUAAAAAGAACCUCUCCCAUAGAGAUGGGUGUGGGUAUCAAUAACAUCAGAAGUAUUAGAAAUGGAGGUUUAGCAGUUAAUGUUGAGAAUGAGGAAGAUCUACAAGUCCUACAAUGUAACGUGAAAUUGGUUCCUGAGUUAAGUAGUAAAAUUGGGAAAAGUCGGCGCCCCCUUGUUAAAAUAGUGAAUGUUCCAAUUACAAUAAAGAGAGAAAAUUUGGGCAAGUGCAUUUAUGAACAAAACGUCGAGCUUACUAAUACUUAUGAAUUUAAGCAAUUUGAAGAAGAGGUAGCCAUCCGCUUUCAGAUUAAACAAAGAGACCCUGAAUUACAGUCCUGGGUGCUGGAGCUAUCCCCUAAAAUAAGAGGAAUUUUUAUGGAAAAAAGAAAAGUAUUUAUUGAGUGGAGCAGAUGCUCAAUUUUUGAUUACAUUCCUAUUUAUCAGUGCUUUAAGUGCCUUAAAUUUGGUCACUUCGCCAAUAACUGUUCUUCCCAGAAUUCUAUUUGUAGCCAUUGCGGUGGCUAUCACCUUUUCAAAGAUUGCAAAAAUAAAGAGGAGGCACCAAAGUGCACUAAUUGUAUUGGAAAACAUGUGAACACAACUGAUCAUAAUGCCAUGGACAAAAGCUGUCCAACUUAUUGUAAUUACAGAGCUUCUAUUAUUUCCAGAUUAUAUUCUGCAUGCUAA